CCGCGCGAUGGUGGCUCUGGGCGCCGAGGCUGGCGCGGGGAAAGCCCGCGGCUCGCACGAUGAAGGCGCAGCGCGCGGCGCGGGCGCUGUGUCCGCCACCCCAGCGGCCCGAGGCGCGGCCCAACCACCUGAACCCGCAAAACACCAACAAGUAGUUUCUCACUGGAAAAGGGCGGCUCGGCUGGGUGUCAGGACCCAGUCCGGCUUCUCGGGGAACCUCGUCCGCUCGGAAACCAAAGCAGAGCCACUUUCCUCUCGGUCUCCUUAAGUCAUGUCUGAGCCACAGAGAUGGGCAAGAUCGAGAACAACGAGAGGGUGAUCCUCAAUGUCGGGGGCACCCGGCACGAGACCUACCGCAGCACCCUCAAGACCCUGCCCGGGACGCGCCUAGCCCUCCUCGCCUCCUCGGAGCCCCAGGGCGACUGCCUGACGGCGGCGGGAGACAAGGGGCAGCCCUCGCCCCCUGCCCUCUCGCCACCGCAGCGACCGCCCGCGCUGGGCCCCGGGCCGGGCGGCUGCUCGGAGGGCGGCGCGGGGAACUGCAGUCCCCGCGGCGGCGGCGCCGACCACCGCACGGGCGGCCGCGAGUUCUUCUUCGACCGGCACCCGGGCGUCUUCGCCUACGUGCUCAACUACUACCGCACCGGCAAGCUGCACUGCCCCGCCGACGUGUGCGGUCCGCUUUUCGAGGAGGAGCUGGCCUUCUGGGGCAUCGACGAGACGGACGUGGAGCCCUGCUGCUGGAUGACCUACCGGCAGCACCGAGACGCCGAGGAGGCGCUCGACAUCUUCGAGACCCCCGACCUCAUCGGCGGCGACCCCGGCGACGACGAGGACCUGGCGGCCAAGCGGCUGGGCAUCGAGGACUCCGCGGGCCCGGGGGCCCCGGACGGCAAGUCCGGCCGCUGGAGGAGGCUGCAGCCCCGCAUGUGGGCCCUCUUCGAGGACCCCUAUUCGUCCCGAGCCGCCAGGUUUAUUGCUUUUGCUUCUUUAUUCUUCAUCCUGGUUUCGAUCACAACCUUUUGCCUGGAGACACAUGAAGCUUUCAAUACCGUUAAAAACAAGACAGAACCAGUCAUCAAUGGCACAAGCGUUGUUCUACAAUAUGAAAUCGAAACGGAUCCUGCCUUGAUGUAUGUAGAGGGAGUGUGCGUAGUGUGGUUUACGUUUGAAUUUUUAGUCCGUAUUGUUUUUUCCCCCAAUAAACUUGAAUUCGUCAAAAAUCUCUUGAACAUCAUUGACUUUGUGGCCAUUCUACCCUUCUACUUGGAGGUGGGGCUCAGUGGGCUCUCAUCCAAAGCCGCUAAAGAUGUCCUUGGCUUCCUCAGGGUGGUAAGAUUUGUGAGGAUCCUGAGAAUCUUCAAGCUCACCCGCCAUUUUGUAGGUCUGAGGGUGCUUGGACACACUCUUCGAGCUAGUACUAAUGAAUUUUUGCUGCUGAUCAUCUUCCUGGCUCUAGGAGUUUUGAUAUUUGCUACUAUGAUCUACUAUGCCGAGAGAGUAGGAGCUCAACCCAACGACCCUUCAGCUAGUGAGCACACGCAGUUCAAAAACAUUCCUAUCGGCUUCUGGUGGGCUGUAGUGACCAUGACUACCCUGGGCUAUGGGGAUAUGUACCCAAAAACAUGGUCAGGGAUGCUGGUGGGAGCCCUGUGUGCUCUGGCUGGGGUGCUUACCAUAGCCAUGCCAGUGCCGGUCAUUGUCAACAACUUUGGAAUGUACUACUCUCUGGCGAUGGCGAAGCAGAAACUUCCAAGGAAAAGAAAGAAACACAUCCCUCCUGCCCCUCAAGCAAGCUCUCCUACUUUUUGCAAGACAGAAUUAAAUAUGGCCUGCAAUAGCACUCAAGGUGACAUGUGUCUGGGCAAAGACAAUCGGCUUCUGGAACAUAACAGAUCAGUGUUAUCAGGUGAAGACAGUACAGGAAGUGAGCCGCCAUUGUCACCCCCAGAAAGGCUCCCCAUCAGACGCUCUAGUACCAGAGACAAAAACAGAAGAGGGGAAACAUGUUUCCUACUGACGACAGGUGAUUUCACGUGUGCUUCUGAUGGAGGGAUCAGGAAAGGAUAUGAAAAAUCCAGAAGCUUAAACAACAUAGCGGGCUUGGCAGGCAAUGCUCUGAGGCUCUCUCCAGUAACAUCACCCUACAACUCUCCUUGUCCUCUGAGGCGUUCUCGAUCUCCCAUCCCAUCUAUUUUGUAAACCAAACUGCAUCAGUCGGCUAAAUUGUAUUAAUUCAAGUACUGUUUACCCAAGAAUGAAAAUACCUAAAUGUAGAGUUACUCCAAGCUCCAUUAAUACAGUAUAAAUACUGCAUGCUACUACCAUUUGAAGUCAGAAAUGCUACAUUUGGGUAGCUAACAAAUCUUAUCCUGGCUUUAAAGGUUAUCUAAAGUAGCGCUACUCCUUCCCCAUAUUAAUUGCCCUGGUCUCCUUUUGCAAUAAAAUGACAGGUAGUGUCAGAUAUUGGCCAGUACACUAAUACAUAAACAUAUCUUCAGGGAGAUACAUUUAAAACAGUGUGCUUCCAAAUGCCAAUCACUUCAUUGGACUUUCAUUUCUUGUGACUCUCUAAACCCUUCUGAAGAUGUCUGGGAUCCUCUCUUGAUUGCACACAACAUGACUUUGGUUAGCUCAUUUAUAUGGACCAUCUUGUGUCUAUCACCUGAAAGCGAUGUCACAGAAUUCGGGGACCGUGGAUGGCUCACGGUAUGUGUGCUUGCAUCGAACCAUCCUGAUGAUAGGAAAGAACUGGCCAACUGUUCUGCAUGUUGAAUUGUGGGGCAGGGAGGGCGAGUUACUCUUUGAUAUAUUUUUUUCCUUAUUCUUUGAAAGAAAUAUUUGUUUUAAAUAGUUUAAUUUCCUGAUUGACUUACUUUUCUUCAAAAAUGCUGUAUUGGAGUUCUGAAUGUCUCUGGUUGUUUGCACACAGAUAACUGCAAAGAGGUUGUCAUUACUGGUUACACGCAAGCUGAGGCCAGAUCUCUUACUUAAUGGCUUGGGGAAGGCACAAAACAUGAGAGAAAGGUAACUGCCAGCCAGGCUUGCAUCGUUUAGUCAGGAAUUGCUGCUUGGUACUAGAGUCAUUUUUUUUUUUUAAUCCCAGGAUUUGUCAUUAUUUUCAGUGGCAGAGUGCCAAAUAUCUCCCAAAGCUCUCGUGUCUUUUUUACCCCCUUCCUUUAUUUUUAUUUACCAAUUUUUGUGCAAACGUCAAAAAGUAUUGUUGUUCAUAGGAGGCUUUCUUGACCAGCGUUAAUUUCUGACUCACAGGAUUAAUCAGAUUUUCAGGCAGUGUUUAAUCAGGUGCUUUGUCCUGUACAUUGUUCUGUCUGUGUGUCUGUCUUAGCUCCCUGUCUGAACUGUAUAUGCCAUCUGUCUCCAUGAAGCACAGAAAUACCUUCAUAAGAUGUUCAGGAUUUUAGUUCUGGGUCUUCUUCCCUGCCUCCUGCCUUCUUUGCUAUUUGGAACAGCCUCUCUGCUUUGUGUGUGAAUUAAUGAUGCCCUGUAGACUACCUAAGUUAAUCGGUACUGUGAACCUUUUUGAUAAGCAGGAUUUAAGCAGAAAUAUCACCAGUGCAUUUGGUUGCCUGCAGUGUCUGUUUCCAUACCCCAGCAACCAGCAUUUAUCACUACAUUCCAACAGACCCCCUAGGGAGUCUUAGUCAGUCCAAGUGGGAUAAAUUCUGUUUACACACCCCUGUGAAUGCAGUAAUAAUGUGUCUGCUGUCUUGGGCAUGUGAGGGAAGAGAAAUGCCAAAUCCAAAUUGAGGGAUGAAUAGUAUUUCUAAGGCAUUGAGAAUCCUAGAGACUGUUGAUUAAAUCCUAAUUCUCAUAUCUACUCUUGUUAGGAAGACAAUUGUCAUUUUUAUUAUUGGCCAUAUCACAUGUAUUUCUCUAUAUCACCAAGUCCUAGAGCAUGAGCUGCAUGUCAGAGAUCUUGUACAGCAGUGUAUUUAUCCAGACGUACACAUCUGAUAUUCAGAGAUUCGGUGAUCUUUUUGAUAACACCACACAUAGAAAAUGAUAAUUACACAUAGCUUUAUGGUAAAGGAAUUAAUAUACUGUCUGGUGCUGCUGUUAUUGACUGCAGUGUUGUACAGAAUUUAUCAUGGAUAUUUGACUGCUGAAAAAGGGACAGUGGAAUUUAGCCAUACCAAGGACUGUACUGGAAACAGACUUCUGCUGCUGAAUGUGCCCUGAC